UAUUGUUUUGGUUUAUGUGAUCCUUUCUCUUUCCUCUCUGAACUGUUUCGUUCCCCAAUUCAAUGAACAGUUAACAGAACGAAGAUUCCAAGCUCCGAUCAAAUCAAUCAAUGAAACCAUAGCUCUCUCUAACCUUGCAAACCCAAAUUCAAAACCCUAAAUUCAAUGGCGAGCGUCUCAGUCGCCGCCGAGUGGCAGCUCCUUUAUAAUCGCUACUACCGUAAGCCGGAGCUCUAUCGAAUGGCCUGGAAGCAUAUGGACCUCACUCGGAACAAGGUCGCCUGCGCACCCUUCGGUGGUCCAAUCGCCGUUAUCCGCGAUGACUCUAAGAUCGUCCAACUACACUCUGAAUCCGCCCUCCGCAAGCUCCGUAUCUUCAAUUCAGCCGGUGUUCAGCUUUCCGAGACCGUUUGGAAAAAUUCAGGCGGAAGAUUGAUUGGAAUGGCUUGGACUGAUGAUCAAACCCUAGCCUGUAUCGUUCAAGAUGGAACCGUUUACAGGUACAACAUUCACGCCGAACUUCUCGAGCCAAACAUCUCCAUGGGCAAGGAGUGCUUCGAGCAGAACGUAGUGGAUUGUGUUUUCUGGGGAAAUGGAGUCGUUUGCAUCACUGAAUCGAAUCAAUUGUUCUGCAUUCCGGAUUUCAAGAAUCCGAAGUCUGUGCAGCUGGCUAAUCCUGGGAUUGAGGAGCCACCGCAUUGUAUGGCUGUGAUCGAGCCGCAAUACACGAUGUCCGGUAAUGUGGAGGUGCUUCUUGGCGUUGAUGAUGCUUAUGUCUUGGCUGUGGAGGAGGACGGAGUUCAACAACUCGGCUUUGAGGUUCUGCGCGGGCCUUUGCAGAAAAUGGCGGUGUCUCGCGAUGGUCAGUGGCUCGCCUCGUUCACGCACGACGGCCGCCUUUUGGUCUUGACUUCGGAUCUGCGGCAAGUCAUCAUCGAGCAAGAUUGUGAGUCAGCUCUUCCUCCGGAGCAACUUUCAUGGUGUGGAAUGGACUCUGUGUUGCUCUAUUGGGAUGAUAUGCUCUUGAUGAUGGGGCCAAGAGGGGAUCCUGUGCGUUAUUUUUAUGAUGAACCGAUAAUACUUAUCCCGGAGUGUGAUGGGGUGAGAAUAUUGUCCAACUCAAACAUGGAAUUUCUACAACGUGUUCCUGAUUCCACUGAAUCCAUCUUUAAGAUUGGUAGUACAUCGCCUGCCGCUUUACUUUACGAUGCACUUGAUCAUUUUGAUAGACGAAGUGCCAAGGCAGAUGAAAAUUUGAGAUUAAUUCGUUCUUCCUUGCCUGAGGCUGUAGAGGCUUGUGUUGAUGCUGCAGGUCAUGAGUUUGAUGUUUUGCGUCAACGGACACUGCUAAGAGCUGCAAGCUAUGGCCAAGCCUUUUGCAGCAAUUUUCAACGUGAUCGGAUUCAAGAGAUGAGUAAAAUGUUGCGGGUCUUAAAUGCUGUUCGUAACCAUGAGAUUGGCAUCCCACUUAGUAUACAACAAUAUAAGUUGCUUACAACAUCUGUUCUGAUUGGUCGUUUGAUUAAUGCCCACCAACAUCUUCUUGCACUACGGAUCUCAGAGUACCUGGGGAUGAAUCAAGAGGUUGUGAUAAUGCAUUGGGCCUGUUCAAAGAUAACUGCUUCCUUGGCGAUUCCAGAUGCCACUCUUCUUGAUAUUUUACUUCAUAAGUUAAGAAUAUGCAGAGGGAUAUCAUUUGCAGCAGUUGCUGCUCAUGCAGAUAAAAGUGGUCGCCGGAAGUUAGCUGCUAUGCUUGUUGAGCAUGAACCUCGUUCCUCUAAGCAGGUUCCUCUUUUGUUAAGCAUAGGAGAAGAAGAUACUGCCUUAGUGAAGGCAACAGAAAGUGGUGAUACCGACCUUGUUUAUCUCGUUCUUUUUCACAUAUGGCAAAAGAGGCCACCGUUGGAGUUUUUCGGAACGAUACAAGCCAGAACUCUGGCACGUGAUUUAUUUAUAACUUAUGCACGGUGUUAUAAGCAUGAAUUCCUGAAGGACUUCUUUCUAUCUACUGGGCAACUUCAAGAGGUAGCUUUUCUUUUGUGGAAGGAAUCAUGGCAGCUUGGAAAAAAUCCAAUGGCAAGCAAAGGGUCCCCGCUCCAUGGUCCACGUAUAAAAUUGACUGAGAAGGCACAAAGCCUUUUUUCAGAAACUAAAGAGCAUACCUUUGAAGCAAAGGCUGCAGAGGAGCAUUCAAAACUUAUAAGAAUACAGCAUGAGCUAGAAGUCGCUACCAAGCAGGCUAUUUUUGUUGAUUCAAGCAUCAGUGAUACCAUUCGAACUUGUAUAGUCUUGGGAAAUAAUCGAGCUGCCUUAAAAGUGAAAACAGAAUUUAAGGUUUCUGAGAAGAGAUGGUACUGGCUAAAAGUUUUUGCUUUGGCUACAAUCAGAGAUUGGGAUGCUCUAGAAAAGUUCUCAAAGGAAAAGAGACCACCCAUUGGUUUUAGGCCAUUUGUUGAAGCAUGCAUUGAAGCAGAUGAGAAGGGAGAGGCCUUAAAAUAUAUCCCAAAACUUGCCGAUCCUCGAGAGAAAGCAGAGUCUUAUGCUCGAAUUGGCAUGGCAAAAGAAGCUGCCGAUGCUGCCUCUCAAGCUAAAGAUGGCGAGUUGCUGGGAAGACUAAAAUUAACAUUUUCACAAAACGCUGCAGCUUCAUCAAUUUUUGAUACCCUCCGAGACCGUUUAGGUGUCUCAUAGUUCUCUCAUUUAUUUAUCUUUUACGUUUUUAUUUAAAGUUUAUUGUUGUGUGGAUCGUGUGCAUAAUCUUUUCCUAACACUGUAGUAUAUUACAGGAUAAAAUGUAAUGUAUAGCACAAAAUGUUUCAUAGAGAGUUUGUUUUGGUGUUGUUUCGUUGCCUUUGUUCUUUUUCUUUUAUUGUGAUUAUAUUAUUAAUCUUGAUGUUUCUCAUAUCAACAAUAAA